GCAGCAGGAGGGUUGAAUGAGGACGUCCAGCUUCAGCAUCACACGGAACUGCAUGAAGGUUCAGAGGCCAGUGCCAUGCUCAGCCUGGGGCCGUGUGGGGAUCUUCAGAGGGACUGCCUCCUCAGCUCCCAGGCCCCAUCCAGGCUCAGGAUGAAUCCCGUCCCACCCCGAGGCAAUGGACCCCAGCCAGCCACGCCACCCAGGACUGUGUGGGAUGUGAGGGAUGUCGCCCCAGGGGGGCCCGAAACCAGGCAGCCCAGAGCACGCUGGCCCAGGAGGCUAAAGACAGCCCUGAUGGGAUUCCGGGCCACUUGCCCUUCCUUCUCUACCAUCUACUUCCUCUUCAUCAUCUUCGUGGUGUCCACCAUCUUCCACUGCCACCGGCGCCUGGCUCUGGUGCCCACCCCCUGGGCCUACUCAGGCCGCGUGGUCCUGCCCCAGAUACCUGCCCCGGGGGGCGUGUUCACCAUCAACUCCAAGGGCCGCCUGGGGAACCAGAUGGGUGAGUACGCCACCCUGUACGCCUUGGCCAAGAUGAAUGGGCGGCCGGCCUUCAUCCCGGCCGAGAUGCACAGCACGCUGGCCCCCAUCUUCAGAAUCACCCUCCCCGUCUUGCACGGCACCACGGCCAGCAGCAUCCCGUGGCAGAACUACCCCCUGAACGACUGGAUGGAGGAGGAGUACCGCCACAUCCCGGGGGAGUACGUGCGCCUCACCGGCUACCCCUGCUCCUGGACCUUCUACCACCACCUCCGCAAUGAGAUCUUGCGGGAGUUCACCCUGCACGACCACGUGCGGGAGGAGGCUCAGAAGUUUCUGCGGGGCCUGCAGGUGAACGGAAGACAGCCGGGCACCUUCGUGGGGGUCCAUGUGCGCCGGGGGGACUACGUGCAGGUCAUGCCAAACGUGUGGAAGGGCGUGCUGGCUGACCGGGGCUACCUGCGCCAGGCCCUGGACUGGUUCCGGGCCCGCUACCACGCUCCCCUCUUCGUGAUCACCAGUGACGACAUGUCCUGGUGUCGGCAGAACAUUAAUGGCUCCCUCCGCGACGUGGUGUUCGCGGGCAAUGGCCUUCAGGGCUCCCCCACCAGGGACUUUGCGCUGCUCACGCAGUGUAACCACAGCAUCAUCACGGUGGGCACCUUCGGGAUCUGGGCAGCCUACCUCGCGGGUGGGGCCACUGUCUACCUGGCCAAUUUCACCCUGCCCGACUCCCCCCUCCAGUGGAUCUUUAAGCCGCAGGCAGCCUUCCUGCCCGAGUGGGUGGGCAUCGCGGCCGACCUUGGGCAGGCCAGAGAGAAUGGCCUCUAGCCCCUCGAGGUCAGCAUCUCUUUCUCCCCCUCGGCCGACAGGCAGUGCCCGGGCACCACCAGGCAUCUCCAGGCCACCAUGCUUCCUAGCUGAGCUGAGGGACCUCAGACAAGUCACUUAAUCUCUCGGGGCCUUAGGUGCCACCUGCAGAGUGAAAGUAACACAGAGCUUACCUCAGCA